CCAGAAGAUGCCGUCGCCCAGGGAUUUGUGGGCGUACCACUCGAGCGCAGACAUGCUGGAGCGGGCUCGACGCGCGCUGGGGUGGUCUGCUCGUCUGCUCCCCCGGAGCUGCCCGGGCGCGGAGGAUUUGCUCACAUCUUCCCCCAUAUAACUGGUCCUGAUGGCUGGAAGUAGAGGAAGAGGACGUGCUGCCUAUACCUUUAAUAUCGAGGCAGUUGGAUUUAGCAGAGGUGAAAAGUUACCUGAUGUAGUACUGAAACCACCACCGCUGUUUCCUGAUACAGAUUAUAAACCAGUGCCACUGAAAACUGGAGAAGGUGAAGAUUAUAUGCUGGCCUUGAAACAGGAGUUGAGAGAAACAAUGAAAAGAAUGCCUUAUUUUGUAGAAACUCCUGAAGAAAAACAAGAUAUUGAAAGGUACAGUAAAAGAUAUAUGAAGGUUUACAAAGAAGAGUGGAUACCAGAUUGGAGAAGACUCCCAAGAGAAAUGAUGCCAAGAAAACAGUUCAAAAAAGCAGGUCCCCGACCCCAAAAGGCAAAGGGUCCAGGCAAGGACACUUCACUCACUAACAAUGCAGAUGUACUGAAGAAAAUUGAGGAGUUGGAAAAGAGAGGUGAUGGUGAGAAAUCUGAUGAGGAAAGUGAAGAAAAAGAAGGAAUUAAAGAGAAAAAUAAAGAAGGCGAGGAAGAGGAGGAAGAUGAUGCAGCAGAACAAGAGGAUUAUGAUGAAGAAGAGCAAGAAGAGGAAAAUGACUACAUUAAUUCAUACUUUGACAAUGGAGAUGAUUUUGGUGUGGACAGUGAUGAUAACAUGGAUGAAGCAACCUAUUAGCUAUGAAAAUGCUCAGGAAUUAUUUUUGUAAUACAGCUUCUAAACCUUUGCGUACUUGUUUAUGUUUGACAAGAAAUGAGUGUUUUUUUUUCUCUUUUUUGUUCACCAAGUAUUUGUUACCGUAACAUUUGCAAUCACUUUGAAUUUACAUUCUAAGUAUCCUCAACAUCUCUGUCAUCCCUCAUGUGGAUUCAAGUUUUUUGUGCUGUUUGGUGUAGAAUGUGCCUAAAGAGUCUUUGCAUCUUUUAAUCUAUGUGUUAAUAAUUGAAAAACUUGUUUACCUGCUGAUCUUUUGUAGAACUAUUACUAGUCAUACUGGAUUUCUAUCAUCCAAAAGCUGACAAUACUGCACAUGAAGCACUUUAAAAACAAAGAAACUUGAAAAUAAUUGUAUUUUUGUUUACAUGGUAUAUCCUAUAUUAAUACAUUAUGACUACAUAUAAGCCUAUCAGAGAUCGCACAUGUAUUUAUGAAAUUAGAAGUUUUGUGAUUGAAAACACAGGAACAAACAGCCAGGCUGAGCUAUAUAAAUUUCAUGCCUUAUAUCUUAACCAACAGGCUUAACCUAGAUGAGUAUUAGGAAUAACUUGAACUUGGGACAAAACAUUCAUACAUUAUAUGAAUAUCAUCCCUCUGUAAUAGUUUUGGUAACAUUUUAAUAACUUUGGUUUAUAAAAAGCUUGACUGAGGCAUCACACUUUGUACUUUACUAAAGUGUAGAUUUUAAGUUCUAGGCAUAUAAAUCUCACUGAAGAAUUUAUGUGUGUGAAAUCUGAGAUGUUAGAAUGGCCUCUUAAAUUUCAUGGGACUUGAAUGAUUUAUUUGAUAUUGCAGAAUGAAACUCAGGUCAUUUUGAAAUUAAGAUUAAUAUUUUAAUUGAAAGCUCACUCCCUUGCCUUUUUCUGUUUUUAGGAAAAUACUUAAAAUCCUCAGCCUCUAAAGACUCACAAAUGCCAAAGAUUUGUAAGAGAUUCAUUGUUGCAGAGUUCAUAAAUUAUUUAUUAUAUUACAAAAAAAUGCUAGUAUUUUUUUGGGGGGAAGGUAUCAUUUAUCAUGCUAUAAUUUGAGAAUAAGAGCUCUAUUCUUUUUUCUACCUUUAGUACUAAAGUCAGCCUUGAAAUUGAGGUUUGUUUUCUGUGCCUUAAGUUGUAAACACUUGUCAGCAGUUUUCUAUAAGAAAAUGCUUAACCAGCAACCAAAAUUCAGCAUAUGUAGUUAUUCUUCAAGUGUUAAACAAUCACUUAUCAAAUUGGGUGUUUAACCUCUAAAAAGUUAGAGGUUAGAAAGUUAGUUUUGAGAAACAAACACAUUUUUCUUAAAACAAUAUUUCAUAAUCUGAUUCUCUCAUCUUAUAUUUUAAUGAGGAAAACUGGAGAAAAAAUUGUCUUGAACCAUUCCUUUAACACAGCAUUCUCAGGAAAAACAUCCCUUUCAAUUAUACUUCCUCAGAUCAUUCACAGUGACUGUAAGGACCAUUAUUCUGUGUUUUAUUGAUCAUGUGAAUUAUCACCUUUGAAAGAGUUUAUCAUGUACGAGUUUGUCCAUUUUUAAGAUUCUAAAUAGAAAACAUGAAUUAAAGCAAGUCUACUUUAGAGUAGCAAUCUGCUGUACUUAAGAGUAGGGAAAAAACCUUCAGAAAAUGUAAUAAUAGGAUCAAUUAUUUCUCACACCUCCUUAGUAACUUAAUUACAUUUAUAGAACUCUCUAGUUUUAUUUACAUGUUUUCUUAUAAAUCUUCAAAUGUUUGCUGACAUCAAGCAAACCUGUUAAAAGGCACAGGUGUUUCUUUUUCUGGCUUUCAGUCAUUCUCCAUAGGUUAGUCUUGCAGAUGAUCGGUCAGCCUCUUUGGGCAAGGAUUUGCUCUUGGGAAGCCCAAUCAUCUCCUUUAAAUACAAUCCUCCCUCUUGAAUAAUCUCUUUAUAAAUUUAAUAAUGAGAAAAAGUAGUUUUGGCUGGUUGCUAGUAACAAAGCUCGUUCUUCUAGUUUAAAUAUCAGAUUGUAAAGGUAUUCCAUAGGAAGGUAAACUUUAAUGCAGAAAUAGCAUUACAAAAACUGGUAAAAAUUAAAGUUAUGUAAUAGGCAGACCAUUUUAUUGCCAUGUUUUUCUGUAUUUGUCUACAUAUUAAA